AUGGAUUCUGUUCGGAAACGACGAAAAUCGAAAGGAAAAGCGAAAGAGUUCAAUUUCGAUGAUUCCUUUGAUGAAAAACAGAAAACACAAGAAGAUAAUGGCUUUGGCCCGCUAGCAGUCUCACUUUUCCUCGUCUCUCUGGCUCUGUUAGCCUAUUUGACUCAGUAUCUGCACUAUUGCUUACCCGAGCCUUUGCCACCGAAUGACGAAAACUCUCGUUUUUCGGAGCACAGAGCGUUUCCUCUCCUCCAGGAGUUGUCCGAUUUCGGCCCAAAGCCCGCCGGCUCUUUCGCUUGCGAGGAAUUAACGCGAAAUCGGAUUCUAAAAGAGCUACAGUUAAUCCAAAAUUCAACGUCAUCAAAUGAGCUUUUGUAUGAGAUCUCGACUCAGAACCCUUCCGGAUGCUUUGCUCUUCCAGCUCACGACACUGACGGCUUCUCGAUUUGCUACAGAAAUGUCUCAAACGUGAUCGCUCGAAUCGGCAAAAGGGGCACCCGGAAAUCGCUCGAGGACCAACCAAAAAUCUCCGUGCUUCUCAAUUGUCACUACGAUUCGUGGCCAACAUCCAGUGCCGGCGCCGAUGAUCUCUCGUCGUGCGCGGUGAUGCUGGAGUUGUUGCGAAUUUUCGUCGACCAUCCCGAGUACCUGCACCACGACGUGAUUUUUCUCUUCAACGGUGCCGAGGAGAGCUCACUUCUGGCGGCUCACGGUUUCAUCACCGAACACCGGUGGCGUCACUCGAUUCGCGCGUUCAUCAAUUUGGAGGCAAGCGGCUCGGGUGGCCGAGAACUUCUCUUCCAAGCCGGCCCAUCAAACGAAUGGCUCCUCAACUCGUACCUUGAGGCGGCCGUUCAUCCGCAUUGCUCCGUACUCGGCCAAGAGAUCUUCCAGAGUGGAGCCUACCCGGGUGACACGGACUAUCGAAUUUUCCGGGAUUACGGUCGGAUUCCAGGACUCGAUCUGGCUUUCGUGCAAAAUGGCUAUUGGUGGCACACCGAGUUUGACGAGGCCUCACGAAUCACCCCGGGUGCUCUACAAAGAGCCGGCGAGAACGUGCUCUCAACUCUAAAGCAUCUCCUCGCUUCUCCCUACCUCACUUCGCCAGCCGAGUUUGCCGACGAAAAAGCCGUUUUCUUCGAUUUUCUUGGUCUUUUCGUGAUCGUUUACCCGUUGAAUUUGGCGAAUUCGUUGAAUUUAUUUUUGAUUUUUAUCAUUUUUGCGAGAGUUUCGAUGAAAUUCGCGAAUAAGAAAACAAAAGAUCUCGACAAUUUAUUGAAUGGAUUUGUCUGGAAUUCCCUUUUCUUAAUCUUCAUUUUUAUCGUUUCUUUCAUCAUUUGCUUUCUGGUUGAGGCGAUUUUCGGGCAAAUGUUAUGGUAUUCAAAUCAUUUCCUGGUGAUCCCGUUCUACGGCCUACCGCUAGCGAUCGCCUCUUUACUUUUCGCCGCAUACCUCACGACGAGAUACAACAAAACUCGGGAACAAUUCGCCGAAAGCUUCGAGACGAUUUCGGAUCUUGGGUUGGCCGUUGUGCUGCUUUUUUUGACAUACAAAAAUAUCGCCUCAUCGUAUCUGAUCUUCUUUCAAUUGUUGCCCGUUUUAGGCUUCAUCCCAGAGAAUUUAAUCAAAAAUGGCCGUCCCCUUUCUCGCGUCAUUUUCGCCAUUCCCUCGAUUUGUCUCUCCUUCUACACGUCAGCUCUCCUUUUAUCGAUUUUCAUCCCGAUCAUGGGGCGUACCUCGCGUAAUCCGGAGCCCCUCGUACUCGCCUUCGUCGCUUUCGGUGUGCUGCCGGCAAUGCGAAUUUUGUUCUCGAUUUCCCUUCGCUCCCAGCCGUCAGCACUCUCGAGAAUCGCUUCGAUCUCCGCUGCCAUUCUUGCAGCUGCACUCCUACUUAUCGGCCUCUUUGCUAGCGGUCCCUACAACUUCAAAAACGAUUACCCCACAACGAAACGGAUCCAAUUAUAUCACGUCAAUCGCGAAUUAUACGGAAGAGAUGGGCAACUUAUAGAAAACAAAUCACUCCUCUAUGCGAUUUCGGAGGAUGAUCGCGGAGCCGAGGACAUUCCGUUUGUCGAUGCGGAGAAAGGGUUUACGCCAAUCGAAUGCGUCUAUCCGGAGGCUCCCUAUUGCGAGAUCCCGUUCUACUAUCCAACGAGAGGGCGAAUCCGAGAAAAGCACAUUCGCUACAAAUCGGUACCUGCGUUCCAGAUCGCCGGAAACGAGGUCUCGAAUUUGGAAAUCUUGAAAAAGAGCGCCUCUGGAGCCCAUCUGAGCUAUCGGAUAAGAUUCACAGGCACCUCUCAAAUCAGUGCCUACGUGACAGCUGUGGACGGGUGGAGCAUUACGAAUUGCUCGAUGACGAGUGAGUUAUCCGACGCAAAUACGAAUAUGUUCUUGUAUUUCACGUGUAGCGGCGAGAAAUGCGGUGAUUGGAUUGUCGAUUUCGAGCUUACUAGCUCAUCAUUCAAGCGCAAGCCACCCCCAGCCGACGUUGACGCAAAAGCGCUGUUGAUCGGAGUGACGUCACACUUUUUGCAUGGGCCAAACAUGGAAAGCCCGUUGCUGAAAGAGCUCAAUAGGGAGCUGGUGGAGCAGCGCGAAACGUCGAAGGAGUGGGCGAUGACGGCGAGCGCCUGGAAUGUCCAUUUGAUCUAUCGAUACGUU